GGAGGAAUAACAAUUCAUUUCUGGGCAGGUGAGGUAGACAGAGGGAAUGCUGUUCGGCAAGCCGGAACUAUUAGUUGAGACGCUUUGGCUCUUCUCGUCUCGCGGAAGGUUACGACUGUAAACAGACAGGCAGGUGCAGCUUAAUGGAGACUAGAAUUAUAAAAAAUCCCUGAACCUCACGGGCAGCGUUGGAACUGACUUGCGUGGGAAGUUUGGAGCAUUUCAGAUACUGCCGGUCAUUUUCUUGAAGAUAUGGAAAGCAGUAACGUGAGGACCGGGAAAAGUAGUGGAUAUCCCUACUAGGAGAAGCUUUCCUUUCACUCCUUUCUAAACAACUGACUGGAGUCUGCCUGCUGCACACCAGACUGAGGACUGCACAAUGUCAGGAAGCUACACUCCAAGGCCCGGGGGGCCCUUCUCUGCCCUGACACCCAGCAUGUGGCCACAAGAUAUACUUGCCAGAUACUGCCAGAAGGAAGAAUCUGAUGAGCCUGAAAUCCAGUAUGAUGAGUUUGGAUUCAGAAUUGACCAAGAAGAUGAGGCUGAACCCAAUCACAGUAAGCUCCUGGGAGAGCCAUUAACAGAAGAUCCCCAACUUCGGCUAAGAUGGCAGGCCCAUCUGGAAUUUACUCACAACCACGAUGUUGGUGACUUGACCUGGGACAAGAUCGACGUGACUCUGCCUCGCUCUGAAAAGCUGCGCAACUUGGUGCUGUCUGGGGUGCCGCACAGUAUGCGACCUCAGUUAUGGAUGCGGUUGUCUGGUGCUUUGCAGAAGAAACGGAGCUCUGAGAUGCCUUACAGGGAAAUUGUUAAAAACAGCUCCAAUGAUGAAACCCCCUCAGCUAAACAGAUUGAGAAGGAUCUGUUGCGGACCAUGCCCACAAAUGCCUGCUUUUCAAACAUGAAUAGUAUUGGGGUGCCACGUCUUCGAAGAAUAUUAAGAGGCCUGGCCUGGCUAUACCCUGACAUUGGUUAUUGUCAGGGCACUGGGAUGGUGGUUGCAAGUCUUCUACUCUUCAUGGAAGAGGAGGACGCUUUCUGGAUGAUGAGUGCUUUAAUCGAGGACCUUGUUCCUGCCUCAUACUUCAGCACCACUUUGCUUGGAGUACAAACUGAUCAAAGGGUCCUUCGUCAGCUCAUUGUGCAGUACCUUCCUAGCCUGGAUAAACUUCUACAGGAACAUGAUAUUGAAUUGUCCCUAAUCACACUCCACUGGUUCCUGACUGCCUUUGCCAGCGUUGUCCAUAUUAAACUUCUGCUACGCAUCUGGGACUUGUUCUUUUACAACGGCUCCGUGGUUUUGUUUCAGAUCACCUUGGGAAUGCUGAAGAUGAAGGAGGAGGAGUUGGUUCAAUCGGAAAACUCUGCUUCUAUUUUCAACACACUCUCAGACCUGCCUUGCCAGCUGGAUGAUCCUAAUCAGCUGCUGGGAGAAGCAAUGCGAGUAGCAGGAUCUCUAAAUGAGACGAUUAUAGAAACACAAAGGCGCAAACACCUUGCCUACAUCAUUGCUGAGCAGGCGCAAUUGACCAAUCAUCAAACAGCUGGUAACCAAACUGCCAAUCUAUCUAAGAUUGUGCGGAGACAGAGUCAGCGUCGAAGAUCCACCAUCAGUUCCCUGUUGUUUGGGGAUGAAGACGCAGAGGCACUGAAGGCAAAGAACAUUAAGCAAACUGAGCUGGUGGCGGACCUCCGGGAGAGCAUUGUCCAGGUGGCCAAACAUUUCCACUGCUUGGAUCCUCGCAACUUUACACUGGAGCUAACGCCAGAUUACUCAAUGGAAAGCCACCAGAAGGAUCAUGAUAAUUUUGUUGUGGUCUCGCGGAAUCGCCGGCGGAGAGCCAAGGCAUUGCUGGACUUUGAAAGGCAUGAUGACGAUGAGUUAGGUUUUCGAAAGAAUGAUAUCAUCACGAUUAUCUCGCAAAAAGAUGAGCAUUGCUGGGUUGGAGAACUUAAUGGGCUAAGAGGUUGGUUUCCAGCCAAGUUUGUCGAGGUUUUAGAUGAGCGCAGCAAAGAGUAUUCCAUUGCUGGAGAUGACACAGUAACAGAAGCAAUAAUGGAUCUGGUACGUGGUAGCCUCUGCCCAACUCUGAAGGCUAUCUUUGAGCAUGGCCUCAAGAAACCCUCCAUCCUUGGAGGCCCCUGCCACCCAUGGCUGUUUAUUGAAGAGGCUGCUGGAAGGGAAGUUGAGAGAGAUUUUGAUUCCGUGUAUUCAAGGCUGGUCUUGUGCAAGACGUACAGGCUGGAUGAAGAUGGCAAAGUCUUAACUCCUGAAGAGCUGCUUUACAGAGCUGUGCAGUCAGUAAACAUGACCCACGACGCAGCUCACGCACAGAUGGAUGUCAAGUUCCGCUCGCUAAUCUGCGUUGGUUUGAAUGAGCAGGUGCUACAUUUGUGGCUAGAGGUGCUCUGCUCCAGCUUACCGACCGUGGAGAAGUGGUAUCAGCCCUGGUCCUUUCUGCGCAGUCCUGGUUGGGUGCAGAUAAAAUGUGAGCUAAGAGUGCUGUCAAAAUUUGCCUUCAGCCUUUCCCAAGACUAUGAACUUCCGGCGAAGAGAGAGAGCUCGCCCAUUAUGAAAUCGGGAGUGGUGGACAUGUUGAUAAAGCAUCAUCUCUUUAGCUGGGACCUUUAGGAGAAGGAACGAAGACCACUGAAGGAGGGCGUGCAGGACAUGCUUGUCAAACAUCAUUUGUUUAGCUGGGAUAUUGACGGUUGAUGGAAGUUGAGGAAAAGCCAAAAUUAGUUGCCCAUUGUCAUUUUGUUUCCCCCCAUUUCUCUCGUUAUUAAAAAUUACACAAGAACACAACACUCCAGAUGGCCCUAGUCCAUAAUUGCCACUGCUUUGGAUUUCUUUUAAGAAGGUGACUGCCAGGUUAUUUAGUCCUAUCCUAUCCAGCGUUUGUCCAUUAGUAGCCCACUUUAGAGGACACAGUUAUUUUUAUAAGGCAACAAAAGCUUUGUGAGCUAUUAAGAGUUUACAGAAAGAGCAGUGGACGGAGAGAGGCCACAUCUACCUAAUCUCACACACACACACAUACACCCCACCACAUCACUUUGUUUUUACGCUAACUUCAGAUUUGGCUUUUCUGCGGAUGGACUGCUGUCCUUUCAAGAGCAAUGUAUGCCAACUCCUACCACGGCUGAUGGCACAGACACUGCAGUUAUUGAAGUAAAUGCCUACAUAUGGAGACGUGCACUUGGUGGUGGAGGAGAAGUGGGAAUGGAAUGGGGGGGGGACUCCCCAUCAGUGGACAAUCCAGUGGAACAGCUCUGAGAGACUGAAAGUAGACUCAAUAAGGCCAUACAGGCAUGGGGGGGGGGGGGUACUUCAAAAAAAUGAAUGUAUAUUUGACUAAAGUCAAGAAAAUAUUGAUCACAUAUAAUGAAAUUUAUGACGGAAAAUAGCUCUGCUUGUCACUUUAUAUCUUAUCACAAUGUAAAUAAACUAUAUCUCUACAACA